AUGAAGUUUUCAAGCAUUUUCGCUUCUGCUGCUUUAUUUGCCGGUAUGGUAAUGGGUCAAAACUCUAGUUCAGUUACUGGUUCCCAAUCUGUUCAAGCCUCAACUGUUGGUGGUGUCGAAACUGUUUCAACACCAAUUGCUACUAUUGAAACUCAAACCAACAACUGUGUUUUCUCCACUCAAACUGGUAACUUACACGGUAAAUCAUAUGAAGCUUCAUACUCUGUUACUGCUGAUACUGAAGGUUCAGGUUUAACUAGAUCUCGUGUCUUACAUUUAACUUGGUACUUCAAAUUUGAUGAUGCUAUUAACGCUAAUGACUUCAAAAUCAUUGACUUAGGUUUAGAAAACUCCAACUUUGCUGGUCAAGUUAACUUAGAAGACGGUUCAUUCUUAAUCUCUUAUGAUGUUACUAUUCCAUACUUGACUUUCGUUACUUCAAUUGUUUCUUACUGUGCUCUUGAUUAUGUUGGAUUUACCUUCAUUGAUGAUUCAGCCUACUGGGGUGUUUACGUUGGUGCUGCUGGUUCCGUCUUAGCUGAAACCAUCAGACAAUUAUUAUUCAACUUAUUAGCCUUAGGUGAAGCUCCAGUUUACACCAACGCUUUGAUUUGGGAUUGUUCAAAAUUAGGAGACUGGCAAGAUGGCUGUACCGAUACCACUACUAUUACUAUCGGUGAACCAGCCUCAUCAUCAUCAUCUGCUCCAGCCUCAUCAUCAGUUGUUUCAUCAUCUUCAUCAGGUCCUAUCUCAGCUGAACCACCAACUGUUACUGUUUCAGCCUCAUCAUCAGACUCAUCAUCUGAAGCAUCAUCAUCAUCUGCUGCUCCAUCAACCACUACUGUUUCAGCUUCAGAAUCAUCAUCAGCUCCAUCAUCAGCUCCAUCAACUACCACUGUUUCUGCUUCAUCAUCAUCUGAAGCUUCAUCAUCAUCCGAAGUUUCUUCAUCAUCCGAAGUUUCAUCAUCAUCCGAAGCUUCAUCAGAAUCAUCAGUUUCAGUUUCAGUUUCCACUGUUUCAUCAUCAGCCGAAUCAUCAUCAGAAGACCCAUCAAGCUCAGCUACAGCUUCAGGUGCCCCACCAUUUGCAUCACCAGCUCCAUCUUCAGCUCCAGAAUCAACUUCAACUGCUUAUGAUGGUGUCCAAACUACUGUUAUCACUAUUACUUCUUGUGCUGAACAUGGUUGUACUAAUGUUCCAGUCACUACUGGUGUCACUGUUGUUACUGAAACAAAAGAAAACACUGUCACUCAAUACACUACUUAUUGUCCUCUUUCAUCUGAAGCUCCAAAACAAGAUACCACUGUUGUUACCAUCAGUGAUGUAACUAUUACUACCGGUGUUACUGUUGUCACUGAAACAAAAGAAAACUCUGUUACUGAAUACACUACUUACUGUCCAAUCACUUCAGGUGCUCCAGCUCCAUCUUCAGAAGCCCCAGCUCCAAAACCAUCUUCAGAAGUCCCAGCUCCAAAACCAUCUUCAGAAGCCCCAGCUCCAAAACCAUCUUCAGAAGCUCCAAAACCAGCUCCAUCAUCAGGUGCUCCAGCUCCAGGUCCAUCUUCAGAAGCUCCAAAACCAGCUCCAUCAUCAGGUGCUCCAGCUCCAGGUCCAUCUUCAGAAGCUCCAAAACCAGCUCCAUCAUCAGGUGCUCCAGCUCCAGCAGGUCCAUCAUCUGAAGCUCCAGCUCCAGCUCCAUCAUCAGGUGCUCCAGCCCCAGCUCCAUCAUCUGAAGCCCCAGCUCCAGGUACCACUUCAGCUGCUCCAGCUCCAGGUUCUUCAGCUGCCCCAGCCCCAGAAGGUCCAUCAUCAGCCGCUCCAGCUCCAGGUUCUUCAGCUGCUCCAGCUCCAGAAGGUCCAUCAUCAGCUGCUCCAGCUCCAGGCUCUUCAUCAGCUGCUCCAGCUCCAGGUUCUUCAUCAGCUCCAGCUCCAGAAGCUCAAUCUUCAUCAGCUGCUGCUCCAUCAGGUCCAGCUACUGUUUCAUCAUAUGAAGGUGCCGGUGCUGUUAACUAUAACAACUGGGUUGUUUCAUUCUUAUCAGCUGCUUUUGUCUUACUAUUCUAA